GUAGAGUGGAGGAGAAGGAGGAGGCGGUGAGACGCCAGGAGGGAAACAUUAGUCCUGGUUUUCUGCUCGUAGUAGAAACUUUUUUUGCGGGGUUUUCUUCGCCGGAUUAAAGUCGGGUCGGUCAAAAGACACGCCUGCCUUCGCCUUUUAAUACUGACCUUGGAGAGCCGGAGGGUCAAGGUGACGCCUGCAGGGGUGAGAGGACACAGACAGCGAUGAUGGACAGAUAGCAGGAGGAGAAAGAGAAAAUGUCUUUCUUUGGCCUGGACUGUAUCAAGAAGAAAGAGAGAGAACUGGAGAGGAAACUGCGAGCCAACGACAGAGAGUACAACCGCUCGUUUAAAUAUGCAACCAACGCCAUCAAGACCUCAAAGUACAACUUCUUCACCUUCCUACCUCUCAAUUUGUUUGAGCAAUUCCAGAGGAUUGCCAACGCCUACUUCCUUUUUCUGCUAGUGCUGCAGGUGAUCCCACAAAUCUCCUCUCUGUCCUGGUUCACCACCGUGGUGCCGCUCAUCCUCGUGCUGUCAGUGACUGCAGCCAAGGAUGCCACUGAUGACAUCAAUCGUCACCGUAGCGACAACCAUGUCAAUAACCGCAAGGCUCAUGUCCUCAUCGAUAGAAAACUACGAAAUGAGAAGUGGAUGGACGUCCAGGUGGGAGACAUUAUUAAACUGGAGAAUAACCAGUUUGUCACUGCCGAUUUACUGUUGCUCUCCAGCAGUGAACCACUCAACCUGGUUUACAUCGAGACAGCAGAGCUUGAUGGAGAGACAAACCUGAAAGUGAGGCAGGCUCUAACAGUGACAGGAGACCUCGGGGACAACGUGGAAAAACUGGCGGACUUCAGUGGUGAGGUUUGCUGUGAGCCUCCGAACAAUCGCCUCGACCGCUUUACAGGAACACUAACGGUAGCUGGCCAGAAAUACCCACUGGACAAUGAGAAGAUCCUGCUGCGUGGUUGCACACUGAGGAACACCGAGUGGUGCUUUGGACUGGUGCUGUUCGGAGGUCCAGAGACGAAGCUCAUGCAAAACUGUGGGAAGAGCACAUUCAAAAGGACGAGUAUCGACCGUCUGAUGAAUGUCCUCGUCCUCUGUAUUUUUGGCUUCCUGGCCUUCAUGUGCACCAUCUUGGCCAUAGGAAACUGGUUUUGGGAAACAAACGAAGGCUCCCAGUUCACAGUUUUUCUGCCGAGGCAGGAGGGCAUCGACACAGGAUUCUCUGCCUUCCUCACAUUCUGGUCCUACGUCAUCAUCCUCAACACAGUGGUACCCAUCUCUCUCUACGUUAGUGUGGAGAUUAUUCGCCUGGGAAACAGUUUUUACAUCGACUGGGACCGAAAAAUGUAUUACAAUCGCAACGACACGCCAGCAGAAGCUCGUACCACUACUCUGAACGAGGAGCUGGGCCAAAUUAAAUACGUCUUCAGUGACAAGACAGGGACGCUGACGCAGAACAUCAUGACCUUCAACAAGUGCUCCAUCAAUGGCAAAUCCUACGGUGACGUCUAUGACUACACUGGUCAAAGACUAGAGAUUACUGAGAAAACGGAAAGGGUGGACUUUUCUUUCAAUCCUCUGGCUGAUCCCCGCUUCGUGUUUCACGACCACUCCCUGGUGGAAGCGGUGAAGCUGGAGAACCCAGAGGUCCAGCUCUUCUUCAGGUUGCUGGCCCUCUGCCACACCGUGAUGGCUGAGGAGAAGACGGAAGGUGAGCUCCACUACCAGGCCCAGUCCCCAGACGAGGGAGCCUUGGUAACCGCAGCCAGAAACUUUGGUUUUGUGUUCCGCUCUCGUACACCAGACAGUGUCUCCAUUGUGGAAAUGGGACAGCAGUGCAGUUACGAACUCCUGGCCAUCUUGGAUUUCAACAACGUCCGCAAGAGGAUGUCUGUCAUAGUUCGUAGUCCAGACGGGAAACUCUCACUCUACUGUAAAGGUGCUGACACCAUCAUUUAUGAGCGGCUGCAUCAGUCCUGCAGCAAACUGAUGGACGUAACAACAGAGCACCUCAAUGAGUUCGCAGGUGAAGGUCUGAGAACGCUGGCGCUGGCUUACAAGGAUCUGGAUGAGGGCUAUUUUAAUGAGUGGAAGCAGCGCCACCAUGAGGCUAGCACCACCUUGGAGGACCGGGAGUAUAAACUGGAUGAGCUAUAUGAGGAAAUAGAGAAAGACCUGCUGCUACUCGGUGCCACAGCCAUAGAGGACAAGUUACAAGAUGGAGUCCCUCAGACGAUAGAGCAGCUGUCCAAAGCUGACAUCAAGGUCUGGGUUUUAACCGGUGACAAACAAGAGACGGCAGAAAACAUCGGUUACUCAUGUAAUCUGCUGAGAGAAGAGAUGAAUGAGAUCUUCAUCAUCGCAGGAAACUCACCCGAGGACGUCAGAGAGGAACUGAGAAAUGCACGGACCUCCAUGAAACCAGAUUCAGCAGAAACUGUGUUUCUGCCAGAGAGGUCUUUGGUUAACGGGGUUCAGGCUCUGACAGAUGAGGAGGUGAAUGGAGAGUACGGCCUGGUCAUCAACGGCCACAGUCUGGCGUAUGCACUUGAGCACAGCAUGGAGCUCGAGUUCCUGAGGACGGCGUGCAUGUGUAAAGCAGUGAUUUGCUGCCGAGUCACUCCGCUGCAAAAGGCUCAAGUGGUGGAGCUGGUCAAAAAGUACAAGAACGCAGUCACGCUGGCCAUAGGGGACGGAGCCAACGACGUCAGCAUGAUUAAAGUGGCCCACAUCGGUGUGGGCAUCUCAGGUCAGGAGGGAAUGCAGGCUGUGCUCUCCAGUGACUUUUCCUUUGCCCAAUUCCGAUUCCUACAGCGCCUCUUGCUGGUGCACGGACGCUGGUCUUAUCUGCGCAUGUGCAAGUUCCUGCGCUAUUUCUUUUACAAGAAUUUCACCUUCACCUUUGUCCAUUUCUGGUAUGCCUUCUUCUGCGGCUUUUCUGCACAGACGGUGUACGACGAAUGGUUUAUAACACUCUACAAUCUUGUAUACACUGCACUUCCUGUAUUGGGAAUGAGUCUAUUUGACCAGGACGUGAAUGACGUGUGGAGUUUCCAGCAUCCUCAGCUUUAUGUUCCUGGUCAACUCAACCUCUACUUUAGCAAAAAAUCCUUCUUCAAGUGUGCGCUCCACAGCUGCUACAGCUCCCUGGUGCUGUUCUUCAUCCCCUACGCGGCCAUGCACGACACCGUGAGGAAUGAUGGGAAGGAUGUGGCCGACUACCAGUCCUUCGCUCUCCUGACACAGACGUGUCUGCUGUUUGCAGUCACCAUCCAGUUAGGGCUGGAGAUGUCUUAUUGGACGGCGGUCAACACGUUCUUCAUCCUGGGCAGCCUGGCCAUGUACUUUGUCGUCACCUUCACCAUGUACAGUAACGGCAUGUUUCUUGUGCUGCCCGCAGCCUUCCCCUUCAUAGGAACAGCUCGGAACUCUUUGAACCAGUCAAAUGUUUGGCUGACGAUUUUUCUCACCUCGACUCUGUGCGUCCUCCCUGUGGUCACCUACCGCUUCCUGUUGAUCCAGCUCUCCCCCACCAUCAACGACAAGGUCAUGUUCAAGGUGAGACAGGCCAGAGCAACUCCUCCUCCACCACCUCAACGACGCCGCAUCCGCCGCACCAGCUCACGUCGUUCAGGCUACGCCUUCUCACACGCACAGGGCUACGGAGACCUGGUGACAUCAGGCCGCUUCCUGCGGCGUCCUGCUGUGUCACGAUCUACAGGUUUUCCCGGCAUGGGUCGCACCACCUCGGGCUUCAGCCCAAUGGGUCGAUCAGCUGGAUACAGCCCAACCGAGCGUCCGCUGAAUUCUAAAGUUCCACAUGUGGAAGUGACAUCACUUCAGAUGUACAGGACAAUCAGAGAUCCCGCCCUCUGACAGACAGACAGCUGACUCAGCGAUGACAUUAGAACUGGAUGUCUUUUUUAUUUCCAUAUUUUCCAAGACAAGUUUUCACAUUUAGAACAAAAAGCAGAAAACUAAAGAACAAUGUAUCACAGCCUCUGAUGGUGUUAGCAUGACUGUCCCUGUGUCCUGGGAGACAAAAUGACACUAGACAACUUUAGAGGGUCGACUUUCAAGGUGUUGUCAUGUUUACAAACAGCUUUAAAUCAAACCUAAAUAAUAACUUUUAAGAAACAGAACAUUUUCAUUUUUUUGUACCUUAAGUGUCCUUAUUUUAAAACCUUUUAUUUUUCGUAAUUGCACUUUGACAGUGACACGUGACAACAUAUGUGUCUUUUCCAUUGUCAGUAAUGAAGGAGAUGAAAACCAACCGGUCCAGCUUAGUGGGAACGACCGACUUAUGUAUAAAAGAAGAUUUUUACUCAAGCUGUAUGUUUGAUUUCUCAGUUUCUCCUUUGCUGGAAGACUUUGUGUAGAAUGACAUAGUGGAAGAAAAUUACAUAUCUGCUCAAUGUAUGUAUGGGAAAAAAACAAUGCAUUGGGUUUAUACAGUACAAACAAGACAGGGAUUUUUUCUAGUAGUAAGGUGUGAAAUUAUGUACUUUAUGUUUUUUAUGUGUUCAUUUUGACAUCCUAUGAUUGGUUUAAAAUGGCUUUUUAACCUCCUCUUAAAAUGUUUUAUUUACAAAAGAAUAUUUCCUAAUGAUGCUGCUCACAAUGAUUUAAGAGUUGACUCUUGAAAAAAUAUAAGUGCUUACAAUUUUCAUCUGGGUCCUACUGCAACCAUGUUUUGGAUACAUGUGAGCAGAUACGCAGUAGGAAAAUGAUAACACACUAUGCAACAGUUGCCCCUGUCUGUCUGGGUACGUUUGGAUCAGGGUAGGUGAGAAGAGACCAAACUGGACCUUUGCAGGCAUAGGUUUUGAAAAAAACAUUUCUUUCUUUACAUGCUUUUACUUUGGUCUCAAAAGAUAACGUUUCACGAUGGUCAUUUAAAGCUAUGCAUAUGAUUAUUACCCAUCUCAACAUGUCUCUAAUUUUUCAGUGUGAACCAUUUAUAUAGAUGAGGUUACCUUUUAGCUGAGAGUAUAAGGAAAAACAAUCACAUGAACCAAAGUCUAUGUAAAUAUAUGCUGUAUAAGGACAGUAAAUAUUUUACUCUUAAAUUUGUUAGCAUCAUUAGUCAAACACAAUGUCACUUGACUCACUAUAUUAUCAUUUUAAUGUUCAAAAAAUGCCUCGUUUUUUAGUUUAAAUUAUUGUUGAAUGUCUACGUUCAGCACAUAACAACACAACAUUAUAGAUUAACAUGUAUGCAUGCUAUACAUUUAAAGACCCUUUAUUAUACUAUAACAUAGGAAAACAAGAGCUUUGACUUUUGAACUUUAUUUUAAUGCUGUAUUCCACUGGUGAUGGCCAUAAAUAUUUGAGAACGUCUUUGACAUUGUGUUUGAUGAUAGAAAAAUGAUUUUUUUUUAAACAACUAGUUUGGUUCUUUCUUAAAAGUUCUGAUAGUUUUAAAAAGAAACAGAAGAUAGUGAAGAAUAAUCAAUAUAUUUACAUUAAGUGAAAUUCAUCUGUUAUUUAUUAUUGGGUUAUAAGCGUAUUUCUUUUCUCUUUUUUUUUGCCCAUAUCUACCUUAUCCCAAAACAAAUUUGUCACUACAUACUGUGUACAACACCUAAUUAUGUUAAAUCAUUUGUAAAUUUGGCAGCCAAUUAAUCUCUUAAAUAUGUCAGGCCUAAUUGUUUAAAUUAGAUUAUGUCGUAAAACAAAAUAAAAAAGGCAACAAAACAUACUGUAUGUAAGGAGUGUGAAUUGAACAUUUGGAAAUGUACAGUUUGUUUGUAAUAGUUUUCUCUCAAAUCCAGUCAUCUGUUUAAUUUUCUCCACAUUUCAACAUUCCAAUCUCUUGUAAUGACUUGUCACCUUUUUCUAUUGUCAAAACAUAUUGUUAACAGUUUCACAAGUUUCGAAGAACAUGUGUGCGGAGUAUUCCCAGUAUUUCUACAGUACAUUUCCAGUACCACUUCAAAAGUUUUGAUAAACCAAUAUUUAUGUUGUAUACUCAGUAUGGCCUUUAACUUUGGAAACCAUAACUUUUCCAUAACUAUCACUGAUAAAGAAAUAUUUUUUGUAAUGCGCCAAUAAAUAUUUGAAACUGUUCUAA